GGGGAGCUGCCCUUCUAAGCACUGGUCACAGGCCAUGGAGUCUGAAGAAGGGUGGAAUCAAAAAAAGCCGUUCUUUAUUAUUUUAGUGGCUUUGUUUGAUAAGUUUAAGUAUGUUUUUAAUUCAGUACUUUUUGAUACAUUAGGUUUAAGUAUAUUAAAUUUUGUCCAGGCCAUUGGUAUAUAUCCCGCGGUGUCAUUAUUAAUCCAGUUCUUUUUGCCAGUCAUACAUUGUAGAAUUCUAAGUUGAUUGUUCUUUAGUUUACCUUUCUUGUUGUUUGGCUCCUAACGUUUGCUUACUUUCUAGUUACUUUAGUUCUUUACUUUUUAAAUUAUUGUCAUUUUACACCAUUGCCCACUAAUGACGGCUAUUUUACUAGUUUACUUUAAUCUGAAUUAAACUAAUUUGCAGGUUUUCUUUUUUUCCCACACAAAACAGAGGCAACAUCAUACAAAGUAGAAUUUCAGCAUAAUGUUAAUGAAUGUCUGUCUUUCAGUUUACGCACAGUCCUCUUUACUCCCCUGCGUCACAAGGUCCACGCGUCUGUGAUCCACUUCCCUCUGUGGACAGGGGCGUACCUCCCCUUCCCAUUACACGCUCUAUACACUUCCCUCCGUUCUGUCCUGUGCUUCUUCUCCUUUUUCAUCCCUCUCUUCUCUCCUUUUACAGUGGGUUCAUGCACAGCUCUCGCCCUCCUCGGUCGCCAUGCAAAAGGAGCACCUCUAUAAGAUUCUUGUAAUUGGGGACCUCGGUGUCGGUAAGACCAGCAUCAUCAAGCGCUAUGUCCAUCACAACUUCAGCCCCAACUACAGAGCCACCAUCGGGGUGGAUUUCGCCCUCAAAGUCCUCAACUGGGACCAGGAGACGGUGCGUCUGCAGCUGUGGGACAUCGCAGGUCAGGAGAGGUUUGGCAACAUGACCCGUGUGUACUACCGCGAGGCCAUGGGCGCCUUCAUUGUGUUCGAUGCCACAAGGCCCGCCUCCUUUGAGGCUGUGGCAAAAUGGAAGGAGGACUUGGAUUCCAAACUGACACUUGCCAAUGGGAAAAAUGUGGCCACUGUGCUCUUGGCUAAUAAAUGUGACCAAGGCCGGGACGUGCUCACUAAUAACGGAAUAAAGAUGGAGCAGUUCUGCCAGGACAAUGGCUUUGUGGGGUGGUUUGAGACAUCGGCAAAGGAAAACAUCAACAUCGAUGAAGCAGCCAACUGUUUGGUGAAACACAUCAUUGCCAGUGAGAAAGACAUGCUCCAAUCAGAGGUCCCCGACACUGUCACCCCUCAGUUAGAGAAGGACAAAGGUGGGACAUGCUCCUCCUGCUUCAGAUCUCAGUAACAACUCUGGACAAUUUGGAUGUCCCUUUUGUAUCUCAGUACACACAAAGUCCAGUUUGUCUGUAAGCGAGAGACAGAGGCUGAUUUUGUAGAAGAAGGUAUGGCUGCCAACUCUCUUCCUCUCUGGCAGCUCAAGAGAUGUGUGUGUGUGUGUGUGUGUGUGUUGGGGGGUGAGAUGCAGCUGGCUCGAAAGAAUGGAUGGAUUGGAUCAGCGAGGAAGACAGAAAGGAAGAUGGAUGCAGCUGUGUGCACUUGUGAAAGUCAAGGUCGUGCUCUCACUGACUUCAAACAUUGACACUACCAUUUGGGUUACCAUGGUGACACAUGUAAUGAGUACUUGCACUGAAAUAUUGCAGAAAAUCACAGUAUAGCUUUACUAAAUGAAAGAAAUCUCUCUAUUUAUAAAGCUGCCUCGUUUCCUCCCUCCUUUUUUCCUAUACUUGUUUCUUUAUCACUUUCUUCAGCGCCUCUCCUCUUUCAGUCUCUAGAUCACUCUUCUUUUCCUGUCUUCCUUGUUUCUCUUCAGCCCCUCCCUAACAGCAUCUUCAGUUUUUUAUGUCAAUUUGACCUAAUAAACUGACAUAAAACUAAAUCUUCUGUCCAGAUUAUCAAUAGCAAUUCAUCCUGAGCCCUCACAGAACUACAGUUAUACUGCAUUAUGUUGUAUAUUUACCCUCAUCUUCAUUUUAUUUCACCUGGUCAUUUUUAUGGCACUGUUCUUUAUGGGCCAGUCCCUUUUUCUCCAUUUUUCGGCUACAACUGGUUCACUCUAUAUUCUAUAAUGUAAUGUCUCCUUAUAUUAUAUAACCCAUUUUAUUUAAUGCCACUUUAUGGCAGUGUAUUCACAGUUAUAUGAAAAAACAUUGUGCAUCCAAGAAUUAUAUGUUAGAGCCAGGACAAUGUCUAUUUUUCCAUUUCAAUAAAUGGUUUUAUAUGAAAUGUGUAUCUCACAAUUUGUAAUUAUGGCUUAAAUGCAAAAAUACUGUAUAUACACAAAUAUAUGCAAUGUAUAUACUUUAAAAUGAGCGAUUAAGUAACUAAAGAUGGCUCCAGUUUUCGACAUAUUCAUAAUAAAAAUAAUGACUGACUGUG